GUAAUGAUAAUAAUUCUAGGUCUGUUGAUUUUAUUUGUGUAAGGGUAGAAUGAAGUGAAGGUUUCAUUUAAUGAACUUGAAUCUCCAGUGUCUAAUAUUUAUUGGUGUGGAUCAUCUGUUGUAUUUACAAAAGAUGAUGAAACAAUUGAAUAAACUCAUUAGGAGAGCAGAAAAGUGUUGUUUAUUCUUACAGACAAAGGAAGAAUAUGGAGAUCAGCAGAUUAUGGAUCAACAUGGUUAGAUGAAACAAAGAGUUGGGAAAAGAUGGAACCAGAAAAUAAAUAAUUAUAAUUCGAAAGUAUUCAUAUUUCACCAGCUGAUUCAAGGGUUAUAUUCUUUUUUGGUUCAAAUGGUAUUAGUUAUAAAUCUAAGAAUUGUGGUAGAACUUAUACAAGGUUCUCACAUUCAGAAGAUCUUUAUGAUUUUAAAUUGAAUAAGAUGGAUCCAUAAUGGAUUAUGGCUUUUAAAGAUAAACCUUGUGGCAAAAACGAUAAUAAUUGUAAAGACUUUUAUAAGAAAUCAAUUUAUGUUACUGAAGAUGGAGGUGAAACUUGGAAAUCUGCAUUAAAUUAUGUUAGAGAUGCAGCAUGGGAUAAGCUCUUACAAUAUCAAUUAAUUCCUGAUUAAAGAAUUAUAGUAUGUCAUAUGAAAGAAGGUAAAUCUGUUAUUUCCUACUCUGAUGACUAUUUUACUACUAUAUAAACAAUGCAAGAAAAUGCUUUAGGAUUCUUCUAAACAUCCCAUUACAUAUUUGUUCUUACUACAGGUGAAGAUGGAGAAACUGGUUAUGAAUUAUUAAUUGCUCCUGCUUAUUUAGAUAAAUUCUAACCAUAACCUGUUUAAUUACCUAUUCCUUUAAAUUAACAUACCUUUACUAUCCUUGACACUUCAGAAGGAUAAAUAUUUUUAUCUGUUUCUCAUAAAGAAGAAAAUCAAAGAUUAACUAAUGUAUAUGUAAGUGAUUUUAGAGGAUUUAAAUUUACUCUAUCUUUAUUACAUAAUGUUAGAUCACUUGAUACUGGAAAUUGUGACUUUGAAAGAAUGUUAGGUAUGGAAGGAGUUUAUGUUGCCAAUGUUUUUGAUCAUCAAGAAGUGGAAAAGUCAAAAUCUAGAAGUUCUAUCACUCCUGCUACCUUAGAAUUAUAUAAAAAAACUGUAUGAUUACUAAAUUCAUAUUUUUUAGUUUAUCUCCUAUGAUAGAGGUGGCUAAUGGCAUCCAUUAAAAGCUCCAGAAAUUGAUUCCAAAGGUGAUGAAAUUUAAUGUUCUGGAGAUUGCUCUUUACAUCUAAAAGGAAGAACUGAAGCUAAUUAAAAUCCUCUUUAUUCUAGUUAAAAUGCUCCUGGAGUUAGUAUUGGUGUUGGAAAUACUGGAUUAUAUUUGACUUAAAAAGAUCAUGAAGUCAAUACAUAUUUAACUAGAGAUGGAGGACAUGAAUGGUUUGAAAUCAGAAAAGGUUCCCAUAUGUAUGAGAUUGGAGAUAGAGGAGGUUUGAUUGUUAUGGGAUAAGAUGAUAAACCUAUCAAUAAAAUCAUUUAUUCUUGGGAUUAAGGAUUUUCAUGGGAGGAAGUUAAAAUAAGUGAAAAAGAAUUUGAAAUUCUAAAUAUUGUAACCGAGCCUUCUAAUAUGGAAUAGAAAUUUAUUCUUUAUGGAUAGAGUAGAUCAUAAGAGAAUUAAUUAAAAGGAUAUGUUGUAGCAUUGAAUUUCUAAACUCUUCAUUAAAGAGUCUGCUCUGGUGCUUGGGAUCCAACAAUGCCAGAAUCAGAUUAUGAAUUUUGGAUUCCUAAAAAUUUUGAAUCUGGUAAAUGUUUAUUUGGUAGAAAAAUCAAAUACAUUAGAAGAAAAAGAGAAGCAAAAUGUUUCAAUCAAGAAGAAAUUGAUAAAAAAUUCUUCAUAGAAACUUGUCCUUGUAUAGAAGAUGAUUGGGAAUGUGAUUUUGGUUUCUAUAGAAAAAUAGAAGGAGGACCCUGUGUACCAAUAGCAGAUAAAUUUGAAGAAGAUGAUACUCCAGAUUUAUUAAAACCUCCUGUUAAUUGCAAAUAAACUUACAUGAAAACAUAAGGCUAUAGAAAGGUUUCUGGAGAUUAUUGUUAAGGAGGUAUUGAUCUUUCCCCUAUCGAAACACCUUGUCCCAAUACAUAGACAAACAAUACUUCUUUCAAUAAUACUGAAACUCCAAAUAUUGAUAUCUAAUAACCUCAAAUAAGUAAACCAUAAAUUAAAAUCCCUUAAACUUAAUAAAACAAUUCUUUAAAAUAAUAUUCGUAUUUAUGGUAUGUUGUAGUCUUUUUAGGUGUCAUUAUAGUCAUUCUAUUCUUAAAGGAUAAAAUAAUGAAGUAACUAAUUUCAUUUAUUAAUUCUAGUAUAUUUAGUAGUAAACCACCUAAGAAAUCCUCAUCCUACAUGGAAAAAGGAAAUUAUGAAUAACUUAAAUUAUUUAGUGGAAACGAUGAGGAUGAUGAAGCUGGCCUUUGA